CGAGGGCAUGAUUGCCGCGUCAUGCUUUCGCAUUCAAACCCAUAACUAGAGGCACUCAGAUUUAGCACGAUGCCGCUCCUCCCUCCGAUUAGAACUCUGCCCGUAUGGCGCAUGGCGAGAAAGCCACCCCUGCUCAAAGCGGGGUUCGGCAGACGCGUUCCUCCUCGCUCUGCUUCCUCUUCACUACCGAAAGGUAUAUGUCUACCUCGAGCGCAUAUAUGGGCCCGUUAUGCAGCUCUGCUCAUUGAGCCCACUCUACGCGGGAUCGGUAAGAUGGCAUUCUUCGUUGGCGGAGCAUAUGCGCUCUACCAUUUUUCCGGAGUCAAGGACUUGGUGAAGGGCACAAGUCAGGUGAUGGCUGACAUCGACCAGGCGUGCCGCUCCAUCGAAGGCACGGUAAAGCAGGCAGAGAAAAAAGUAGCGGGCGCGGUAGAGAAGUUCCCUGAAAUCAUCGCUGGUGCAGAGAAAGAUGUUUUUGCAGCCGUUAAGGAGGUGCAGAAGUACGUAGGCCCGAUCGGAAAGCAUGUGGAAGCAGAAGCUUUGAAGGCCUCAACGGAGGUGGGGAAGCAUUUGACUGCUUUAUGGAAGACGGUCACGGGAGGAGGGUUCGAUGGCUUGAAGGAUAGAAACGAGGACAACGGCGGAAACGGGGAUGUGGCUCAUGUCGUUGCUGCUGCUGUAGAUGUCGUCUCCACGACUGAGAAGUAGUUUGAUACGCGGCGGAGAUGAAUCGUUGGAAAUGUAGUGACUGAAGAGCUUCCAAGUUUGUAUCGAGGCCAUUUCGUUAAGACAGUGUUUCAAUGAUACUAUUGACAGAC